UUAAGAACUCGGAUUACCAUGGAUUCCAAUAAAAAAAAAUAUGAAAGGUUUCGAUAUACCCAAGAAACUUUGGAAAGAGCUGUUACGGCAAUUGCUAAAGGAGAAAUUACUAUUAACAAAGCAAGUAAUGUUUUUAGUAUACCAAAAUCCACCCUUCAUAAUAAAUUAACUAAUAAGGUACCCUUGCAAAGAAAAAUGGGUCCUCCAUCGGAACUCACUGUAGAUGAAGAGGCAAAGAUUGCUGAAUGGAUUGUAAAUAAAGCAAAAUUAGGUUUUCCGAUGCACCCAGAAGAAGUUUUUGAUACGGUAGAAAAUUUUUUAACUGCCAAUAAUAGAAAAAGCAAAUUUACCGGAAACAGGCCAGGAAAAAAGUGGCUCAAGUUGUUUUUAAACAGACAUCCCGAAAUUACUAAAAGAAAUGCGGAAGUAAUUUCUAAAGGCAGAGCCGCAGUCACUGAAUCAGCUAUCAGGGCUUGGUUUAAGGAACUAGAUCAGUUUUUGAUCGAAGAAGAUGCUUUAGAUAUUAAAAACAAUCCUAGUCGAAUAUUUAAUGCUGACGAAACAGGUGUUAUGACCUGCCCUAAAACUGGAAUCAUAUUAGGACCUAAAAAUUAUAGGAAUACGUAUGAAAUCGCUAGUGGAAAGGAAAAAGAAUCUAUAACGGUUCUUUGCACUUUUGCUGCGGAUGGAAAGGAUGUACCUCCAUUUGUAGUAUAUCCAUACAAGCGAAUGCCCCCGGCUGUAAUUCAAAAUUUUCCGGAUUCUUGGUAUAUUGGUCGAUCAGAUAGCGGAUGGAUGGUAUCGAACACAUUCUUUUCAUAUAUUAAAUUAUUCUACGAUUGGCUUGUACAAAAUGAAAUUCAACUUCCGGUAAUACUCUUUCUUGAUGGGCAUAAAUCUCACAUUAAUCAGGAAAUGUUUGAAUUUUGUCGAGUAAAGCUAAUCUUUAUAUAUUGUUUAUAUCCUAAUGCUACGCACAUCUUGCAACCUUGUGACGUGGCCAUUUUCGGACCUUUAAAGAAGAGUUGGAGGAAAGUAGAACGGAAAAAUAAGCAAUCCUCUACACCUUCAAUAACGAAACAAAAUUUCGCUAAAAAGUUUCAAGAAGCUUAUACCGCUGGCUUAAAAGUUGAAACUAUAAAGAAUGCUUUUAGAGCAUGCGGAUUGUUUCCUAUGAAUGCUGAUGCUGUUAACUAUUCAAAAUGUAUUAGUACUAGAAGAGAGGAAAUCAAUGAACAAAGUUUAAGAAAUCAACAAAACGAAAUUUUGGAAGAGAGAAGAAAUAAUAUGAGAAGUGCAAUUAAAGUUAUUGAAACAGAAGUUGGACAAACUUUAAGAAAUGAGUUCGUUCAGACUUAUGUAUUGAAGCAAAUGCAUCAGCAUCCAUACUUUUCUUUAUGGGUUAAAUGUAGAAAAGUAAUAGAUGGUACUAGAGAUACGACUAUAGCAACCAAUACUUCGUCUGAUGUCCCUCUUGAUUUAUCUAACACAUCUAGUUCUUUCAGACCGUCCUUAACUGACAUAAACGGAGAUCUACCUCAAGAAAGUAUUGAGCCCGAAAGUAAUUCCGAAAUAGUAAUCCAGGUUGCAGAUAAACAAAAUAAUGAUGUAGUCGAUAAUAAUCAAAAUAUUGAUUUAAUUGUUCCUACUACGACUGAUUUAAUUGAUUUAAAUAACAUUACAAAUUUUUCUGAAUAUUUUCGAGAGUCUACGUGGAAUUUUAAUGAGACAAGUGAUAUAGUGGACCUAAUAAUUGACAGCGAUUUAAACCUGCCAACUGUGAUUCCUCUUCCAUGGUACGAUACUCCGUUACCUGGCACAAUAUCAGAGAACACUGGUAUUAUUGAAACAACAACAGUAUGUCCCGAAUCUUCCCUUAGUGAUGCGUUUUCUACACCUUUCGCACCUGAGAUUUUUACUGAAGAGCAUCCAGAAAUUGAUAAUAAUAUUCCAGCUAUGGGCGAGUGUGUAAUCAAUGAAGAAGAAACACAACAGGGAAUGGAUACCAAUAAAAUCGAAACAUUUUUGAGCUUACCUAGAAUCACUUCAAAGAAGAAAACAUACACAAAGAAAUCGAAUCCUAUGCCAUUUGGAUUAACCGGUCAAAGGUACAAAAAACAUAUUGAAAUUAUUGAAGAGGAAAAGAGAACAAAAGAAGAAGAGAAAAAAAAUGAAAAGAAAAGGAAAUUAGAGACGUGGCUUGAUCUCAUUUCAUAA